AUGAAGGCAACACCUAGACCGCGGGAGCUGGGAGGAAGCUUUAAGAGCAGAAGCCGCCAUGGAGCUCAACUUUCUAUCAGCGACACAAAUCAUCAUGUCACAGAAGCGAUCGGAGACAUGUAUGGAGACGAUGACGACUGGAAACGCGAAUCUAGACCCUUGAGCUUUAUCAGCUCUCCUCUGAAUCAACCGCCUGAGUCGGACGAAGCUUAUUUCUCGAACUCGAAUUGGACAACAGAACCGCUGACAGGUAGACGAAAUGCUGGGCCAAGACCUCAGCUACAAGUUAAUGGCGGCCCGGCUGGGAAAUCACACACACUGCCAGCGGCGCAUCCAAGUCACAGGAAUGCAGUUAUCGAUGUUGCACCGCCUUCUACGAGCCACUCGUUGCGAGACGGCCACUCCAUUGCCGACACGGCCAACCAACAGUUCCCUCUAGAUGACAUCGACUACGAAUCUAACCCCGCUGCUGUAGCGCAAGAGCUGAGUAACCUACAAGCCUUGCGACGCAUGUCGAUGGAUGUGGGAAAUACCAGCGACCCCGAUCUACCUUCGUUCCAAGGGCGCCCUGUGAUGCCAUCGGUCGCCCCGACCGGAGGAGACGACGAAGAUGACCCAUCACGACUAUUUUGGGUGCCUGCAAGGGUUCAUCCAGAGCUGGCACCCAUGGAGUUCAAGUCGUUCUUGGAAACCCGUGUAAAGACUAUUAAGAGGCGAUCGGGAGAUUCGACGUUGGUACCGGACAUCCUGGAACGGUCUGGGUCUGCGAGUAGUUUGCGGAGGAAGAAGUCUAUGCUGUCACGGCAAAUAGACAACUCUGGAGGAAAGGGCGGAUUGGGUUAUCAAGAUGGAGCCGACAAGCUCGAACGAAGGAGGUCGUUGCUGUCUCAGGGAGGAAAUGAAAUAAAGAUAUCUGAUUUGACAGAGCUGGACGAGCUGGUUAAAGACCCUGCAAGGGCUUUUCAAAAGCUGUCAAUGGAAAGGGGUAAACGAGACGAUACAGGAGCGGAAGUUCCGGCAGACGAGGAUAUGCCUAUACUCCCAGCUGCGCCAGGUUUCGGACUGCGACGAUCCACACAUACGACUUAUCGCAAAGGCAGCCUUAGAAGAGGAGAACGUGUACCAUAUUCGAAACGAGCCGGAGCAAGGCAGGCUGACGCGGAUGGGGAUGAUCCCUUUAUAAGUCAAGGAGUAAAACGAGUUAUGUCUGAACCUGUUUCUGAGAAUUUCUCACGCCCAAACCGCCGGCGAGGCCCUACUAUAGAGGACAAAGAUUCUGAUCAGAUACAAGGGUCAAAAUAUAAAUUGACCGACCAGAGCGUACAAUUUGGGGAAGAAACGUUGUCGCAAACAGAAUCUCACCGAUCUGAUGUUUCAUUGCCGCAGAUAAUUGAAACACCUCCUGAAGACGAACAGCCAUCAGAAGAACCUCUGUCGCCUACCCACCACUCAUUCCCUGAACGUUCGUCAUCCUUUAACCAGCCACAGGCCGCAGAGCAACCACUGACACAGCCUCCGCCUCGUUCUAGCAGGCGGCCGGGAGUGGCAAGGCAGGUUUCCUCCAUUGGCGACGCCGUUCCCAAAUCUUCCAAGGCAAACCUGGUUAACGAAUUAACGCAAUCGUCAUCACCACUGCCUGGAAGUAGCUCGAGAACAGAUAGCUUAACGUUCAUUCCUACAGUGGUCAAAGAGAAGAAGCCAGAAGUAAAGACCCAUAAAGAUAGAGAAAGGGACAAGGAUGAUAACGAGUCGAACACUCCUAAGAAAGGAUGGGGAUGGUUCAAGGGAAGCGAUGACAAGAAUAAGAAGGAAAAGAAGAAGGAUGACGAAUCGUCUAAAAAGAGCAAGGCCAAGGUUAGCCUGGAGAAAACUCAUGACGUUGCUCGUCUCGACGUAUUGCAACAUUCGAUUGAGUCAAAUGCUCAGCGGGGCAGGGAGAGUUUACACCAAGAGAGGGAGAGUUUUGAAAACAAAUUAGGAGAUGAGCGGAAAAAAGAGAGCUCUCGCAAAUCCGGCAAAGAGGAGAAGAAAGAGAAAGACGGCUUGUUUUCGUCUCUCUUUGGUGGUAAGAAGAAAGGGGAACGCGAUUCAGGAGGCAAGAAAUCGGCCUCAUUACGCGCUCUAUCACCCGACCCGCCAAGGCAUCUCCGUCCUGACGUCGACUAUAACUGGACAAGUUUUUCUCUCUUGGAAGAACGCGCCAUCUACCGCAUGGCGCACAUCAAGCUGGCCAACCCGCGGCGACCAUUGCAUAGUCAAGUGCUUCUGAGCAAUUUUAUGUAUGCCUACCUGGCCAAGGUUCAGCAGAUGCAUCCUCAUGUGCAGGUACCGCAGUCUGCAGCACAGAAGAAGGCCCAGGAAGCAGAGCGCAAAGCAAAGGAGGCUGAGCGUCGCCAAGAAGAGGAGCAACAGCAAAGCGAACAAUACAGAUAUGACUAUCAUCAGGGAAUCGCUAACUAUGCCGACUCUCCAUCAGACCAGCAGCAGCAGCAGCAGCAUCAUCAUCAACAACGACACCAUCAGCAGCAGCAACACGAUGGGUCAGAAACUGUGACUUACGUUGAUGAUUCUCAGAUCUAUGAUUACGACCACCAGGACGACGGUGGAGGCCAUAACCAACCACGGCAGGCGUCUAGAAGGCAAGGCGGCGAUGACUAUUCGCAAUCUGGACAGGGGCAAUAUUCGCAUCAGCAGUAUUACCAGUACGAUAAUCAACAGCAAGGGGCUUAUGAUCACGACAAGGACGGAGAGAUGUGGUGA